ACACCAAGUCCAACUUCCUUCCACCCUCUACCUUUUUCGUCCUCCUCUGUACAUACAUGCAGUACCUCUUCAUGCUCUGCUCACAUCCAGCCCUGUCUCGACUGCAGCAAUGCAGUCAACGCCCGAAAAAGGAGGAGGGACGCCGCAGGAAACAAAUGAUCUCUCCCAUGGUGCUUUUGUUCGUGGAGGCUGUCAAAUUAAGGAGGAUCUCUGAAUCUGCCCAACAGUGUGAAAAAUGUUUCUCCCCGGUGCCUGUGAUUUUAUACAGCACAUCAGCAAAUAAAUAGGUGUGUGGAGUCUCUCCUCUAUUCAUAAUAUAUGAUAAUUGCGUGUAAAUUUCAAAAUCAAUUAAAAUGACAUGCGCAGACCACCUUUGCAUGGAUGAGGGAAUACCCAUAAACAUUUCCACAUCACGGAGAUUUCUCCCUCAUAUCUUAUUCUGCAUAAUGAGUUGCUUUAGAGACCUCGGACGUCAUUCUCUCAUCCACUGCCCCCUGACUGACUAUUGCAUUAUUUAUGAAGUGGGGAUGUACGCUGCUGCUGCUGCUGCUGCUCACUGUGUGUCCUGGAGUACAUUUCCAUCCACGCAGGCGGCGAAGUAUCAGCCCCUGCCUGUAUGCCACGUCCAUUACGGUAUUCCACUGAUCAUUUAUCAGUGGAGAAGAGGAGCCAGACAAAUGCAGAGAUAGAGACGAGGGAGAGAACGAGGGAAGCGCAGACUGCUGCAAAUCUUCAGCAGCAGCCUCAUUUUCACUACAGCAGAGACACAUGAUGCUGAGGAAGGGGGACAGAGAGGUCCUCCUGGAUCUGGACUAUGUAGGCGACUCACAGACCACAGAGAGCUACGGGAGUCUGCGGAACGGGAGCUUCAUCCCACCAAGAUAUCUUUCAGCCGCAGCCGCUGACGAAGAUGUGGAUGGCGACGAUCCCAUUCACAUUCACUGGAACACAGGGAGCAACCAGCCAGUUCCACAGCCGGGGAAUUACUUCAGAGAUGGAAGAACUAAAAUCGACUUUGUCCUGGUGUGGGAGGUCCGCUCGCGGAGGAAGCGGCGAGGGAAGGGGAAGAGCGAGGUGACCAGUGAGGAGGGGACCUCCGUGCCCACGGAGGAGAAGAGCAGGUCUGAGCGAAGGAAGGCGCAGUUGGCACAGUGGAGGGAGAGGUUUGUUCAGAAUCUGGAGAGUGCUGGAUUGCUCAUGGAAAAGGAGGAGAUGGCGAAUGAAAAGAGAACGAUACAUUUUCUGAAACUCAGCGCUCCCUGGGAUGUGUUGGUGUGUUUUGCUGAGGAACUCUGUCUGAGAGCGCCGCUGCAGGCACAGACAAAUCUGGACUUGGACACAUCUGCCAAGGUACUGAGUAGACUAUGCAUACCUAAUGUGAUGAAAGAGUCGGUGCCAAACAGGCCACUGGACUAUUACACAUGUGCCUUUCGCAAGUCGAAGAUGAACAGAUUCCUUGGCUGUGACGACCAUGAAACCUACUUCACUAAUACACAGAGGCACCGUGUUGUGUACGAGAUCCUUUCCAGGACGGUUUAUGGCAAAAAGAAGAGGGCAGAGGUAGGCGUGGACAGACUGAUAAAUGAAGGGGCGUACACGGCAACUUUCCCCCUGCAUGAGGGCCCUUUUCAGCUUCCUAGCUAUGAGAUCCGUCCUGACGAACUAAAUCAGAGGCAGGUUGUUUACCACUACUGGGCCCGCUGGUGGAAAUGGUACAAGUACCAACCACUGGACCACAUCAGGGAGUACUUUGGAGAGAAGAUUGCACUCUACUUUGCCUGGCUGGGUUUCUACACAGCCUGGCUGCUGCCGGCGGCAGUGGUUGGAACCCUGGUCUUUGUGUCUGGAGUCAUGUCCAUGGGUACCAACACACCAGCUAAGGAAAUCUGUACGAGCGGAGGCAGUUAUCUGAUGUGUCCCCUCUGUAACACGUGUAAGGCCUGGAACAUGUCUGAUAUCUGCACCAUGGCUAAGUUGGGCUACUUAUUCGACCACCCAGGUACCGUCCUCUUCAGUGUGUUCAUGUCCUUCUGGGCUGUGACCUUUCUGGAGUACUGGAAGCGAAAGAUGUCCACCCUGGCCCAUCACUGGGACUGCAUGGACUUCCAUGAAGAAGAGGAGCGUCCUCGGCCGGAGUUUGUAGCCAUGGCCCCAACUAUGGAGGAAAACCCAGUGACUGGGGUCAAAGAGCCCUACUUUCCAGAGAAGACCAGGCUGUCCCGCAUGUUCACUGGCUCCAUGGUCAUCAUUAUGAUGCUGUGUGUGGUGAUGAUCUUCCUGGUGACGGUGGUCAUGUGCCGCGGUAUCAUCAGCGUGAUGAUGUUCCACACUGGGAGCCCUGUCCUGCGUACAGAGGCAGGGACCAUAGCAAACAUCUCCAGCAGUAUUGUUAAUCUGGGCCUCAUCCUGUUGAUGGGCCGGGUCUACACUGCUUUAGCUGAGCAACUCACUAAAUGGGAGAUGCACAGAACACAAACCCAGUAUGACAAUGCCUUAAUCUUCAAGGUGUUCAUCUUCCAGUUUGUCAACUUCUACUCGUCUCCUUUCUAUGUGGCUUUCUUCAAAGGACGGUUUGUGGGUUAUCCCACAAAGUAUGGGACCUUGUUUGGCAUGAGAAAUGAAGAUUGUGGUCCCGGGGGUUGUCUCAUUGAACUGGCUGAACAGCUCUUCAUCAUCAUGGUGGGAAAGCAAGUCAUCAACAACAUCCAGGAGUUCAUUCUGCCUAAAGUGAAGGCCUGGCAACAGAGGAGAACUUUGGCCAAGGUGCUGGGGGAUAAGGCCUCCCAUGAGCCUCGGCGCUGGGAGGAAGACUACCAGCUGGUGGAGUGUGAAGGCCUCUUUGAAGAGUAUCUGGAAAUGGUGCUCCAGUUCGGGUUCAUCACCAUCUUCGUGGCGGCUUUCCCCCUGGCGCCGCUCUUCGCCCUCCUCAACAACUGGGUGGAGAUCCGCCUGGACGCACACAAGUUUGUGUGUGAGUAUCGGCGGCCGGUGGCCGAGCGUGCGCAGAACAUCGGCGUGUGGUUCAACAUACUGGAAGCCCUGUCGCACCUGUCCGUCAUCGCCAAUGCUUUUCUAAUAGCCUUCACAUCAGACUUUUUACCUCGUCUGCUUUAUCAGUACAAGUUCGGCAAUGAUCUUCAUGGAUACGUCAACUUCACCUUGGCUUACGCCCCGCUUAACUUCACCGAGUACCCAAUGUGCAGAUAUAAAGCAUACAGAGACGGUAGUGGAAACUACACACUAUUCUACUGGGAGCUCCUCGCUGUCAGACUUGGUUUUAUCAUCGCUUUUGAGCAUGUGGUGUUCUUUGUGCUGCGAGCCAUUGACUGGAUCGUACCGGACGUCCCCGAGUCCCUGGAGCUGAAGAUCAAGAGGGAGCGCUACCUGGCCAAACAAGCUCUGGCCGAAAACCAGGAGGCCCUGUUGGUGAGUCGAAACCGAGUGGCUGCCCCUGCCUCUGAGGGCACCUCUAGUCCAGAGCGUUUUUGGAAGCACCUGCAGGUCGACGGGCUGUCAUAAAGCUGCGACGCUGCACGCAACACGAUCAUUAAAGCAAGCGACACGUCCUAUGGAAACAUGAGUUAGGACUCCAUACUACCAUGGAGAAGUUGUUGUGGGAGAGAAUAUUUGAGGACUAAAAGACACUCCUUUGCUUCUGGGAUAUUGAGUGAACUCUUUCAGUGGAAUACUUUCUAAGUACCGGGAUUCAAUGUCACUUUACUAAUGCAUACUGCUGCACAGAAACUAUGAUAAACAGGUACGUAAUGGAGGCUGGACUCACCCUAAAAUCAGUUUAUCCGCUUCACCAACAUUUUCAGGCCGACUUACAAAAAGUCCAUGACUCACUGAACAUUCACUUUACAAGCUGCAUCAUCACAAUCUGUCCCUGAUCCAAAAAGGACUCCACGCAGGGUACUGACUUCAGCAACUGGGACGAAAACAGCUUAAAAAAUGUGAUUCAUAUCGUUUGAUAAUUGACCGGUUACUGCAGCAUUACGGGGGUAAGAUGUUGGAACAAGGGCAUUUUUUUUAUUUUUCUUUGGUCUGCACAUAAAUACAGUUCAAAUUUACAAAGUAAAAUGCAAUGGCUAGUUCGGUCAAAUGUUAAAGCUAAAAUGCAACAAAAUAACAGGCACAAUAUCUUAAAUAAUGAAGCCGCAUCCAUGUCAGUAUUUUGGUUGGUUUGUUUGUUUUGACUGGUUGCAGCAGUUGGUGUUUUUAAUGCUAUCAUACUGUCAUCAGUCGUGUCAAGUCAGAUUUUAUCACAGCAGAUGCUGAGGUUUCCUCACUGCCUUAACUUUUUCCCACAAUGCAGUUUGAGAGCAAUUUUAUAGAGCGGGUGGAGUUAUUCGGGACAUCUAGGAGUCAAAUUCUGGUUCAUUUUUUUGCAUGGAAACUCCCCUGAUUGAAUCAUCAAUACAAAAGUUGCGUGGUAAAUAUCUGGUUCUUUUGGUAAAAAGAUACAAGCUUGUGCAGAUAAAAAUGUUUGACAAUGACUCACUGCAUUCAUGUUGGAAACAUCUAAUGACAAACCUUUUUAGAAAAGUGAUAAAUGUCAAAUUCACUUGUGGUUUCUGACUUGUUUUCGGACGGAAUCAUUUUGUUCCCAACUAGAACAAUGAAGUGUUUUGAAUUCGCUACCAGUCUGAUUUUUGACUAUAGGAUCUUCUCCAUACACGCCUCCAACAAUGGCCGGGGAAAAAAUAGGAUUUCUCAGAAACAAAGUUAUUCAAACUGAUGACAAUUGAGGAAUUUAACUGAAAAUGUAUUAAAACUGAUGACCAUAACUUAAACACAUGUUAUCAUCACAUUAUCCAGGAGCGUCCUGUGUUUCUGUGUUGAAGAGCAUUUAGGAAUUUCAUUAACACAAGUAUUUUAAAUGGGAAACAAUCUUCUCUCACUUGAUUAUUAGAAACUUGAUUUGACGCCCCCCCCCCCCCCGUCUGGUAAAUGAUGACGCCUUUUAAGCUCUGCACCUAUAUACAGUGGCAAAGUCUCUCUUUUCAAGGGAUCGUCAUCGUCGCCUUGACAGAGAUUCGCUCUGACGACAAACAAAAACAGGCUGAGGAGUCCUCUACGUUCAUCUGCUUGUGUGAAAUCAGUGGAGUGCUGAAUGUGAAUUUUAAUUGUGUGUUUCUUUUCUUUGUGACAACCGCUCAGAUGAGGUCAAAGUGCACCUUAAUUUUACAGCUAGCUGAGACUGUAAGUUUUUUUAAGCUAAUUUUUAAUGGACUGUGAUUGUGAGGUGACAGUACUGUUAUUAAUACCUGGGUUAUCUGGUGUUGUAACUAUGUGAUAAAAAAAACACAUAUGCAAAUAUCUACACUUACAUCUGCAAUGUAUGCACUACGUAUGCAGCAAAGCACAUACUGUGUACUGUACAUGUUUACUGUCCAUGAAUGCCGAGCAUGCCUGUCUUUUUACUUGAAUUCUGCACAAUUGUUACGGAGGAUGUCGUGGCGUUUAACAGUACCUCAGUAUUGGGAAUAUUUUGUGUGUGAGCUGUUUUACAUUUAGACCUUUUAGUCCAAAAAUAAAUCUAGUUUGAUGAAUGUGAAA